AUGAAGGAACAGAAAGCAGCAAAAGAAGUUCUAAAAAUGGUAUGUUAUGAAAUAGACAAGUUGGAAUUCCCUGAUGCUCAUCCUCGCUAUUACACGAGACCAAUUCUUGAGGCUGCAUGUCAAGAUAUUUAUGAGGUUGUUGAUGAGAUUUUAAUGAGAUCCCCUGAAGCAGUUCGAUAUAAAGAUGAGAGUGGGUAUGACGUUAUACAGUUAGCAGUUAUACACCGUUCAGAAAAAGUCUACAACCUUAUCUAUACCAUUGGGGAGCGUAAGAGUGUUUACAGAAUGAUCGAAGAUUCUUCGAAGAACAAUAUGUUGCACUUGGUUGGAAGAUUACCUCCUUUGCAGAAACUCAGACAUAGAACAGGCCCAGCAUUACAACUACAGAGAGAGCUUCACUGGCGCCAGGAAGUGGAGAAGCUCGUGUUUCCCAGUUGCACUACUAAAGAGAACAUUUUUAAGGAGACACCAGAUAAGGUGUUCAGAAGGUAG